GACCUCCUUGCCGCAAUGCCUUCCUGGAACGACGAGGAAACCAGCUCGGAGGAGGAGCGUGAGGUUGUCAGCAUGGACAUGGGACUUAUGGAGGAACCAGACACCACUGUGGAGCCCCUUUUCUGUGGCCAACUUGAGCUUGCUCAUCCCAAGUGCAUUCUGCACCAACUGAGGCCUAUUAAGCGUGUUGCUUUUGAAGGGCCUGUAACAGGAAGGCGUUUCUAUGGCUGCCUAGUCCAGGAAAAUGGUGUGAAUUGUGGUGUUGUAGAGUGGGUUGAUGGGCCUUGGCCAACUGUUCUUCAGAGAUGUUUGUGCAAGCUAUGGGAGAUGUUCCAUGAGUAG